AUGGCAUCUACUCCUGAAAGUCACAGCAUUCAAAUGGACCAACGUCUAGAUAAACAUGCAGCAGAAGAAAUUUUAGAAAUUGUUUGCUCGCCUAAAAUGAAAUAUAUUGCAGUAUUAAACAAAAAUUAUCAGAUUAAAUCAAGAGGUUCAAAACUUUUUGCUGUUUCAGAUAAUAAAGAAGUCUCCAUAAAGCUUAUAAGAACUAAUCCAUACAAUUUCACAAUAUAUAAUUCCGAGAUUGAUAAUGAGGUUUUAUUACGCUUCCGAGAUCAGCGAAAAGAAAUCGACUUUUUAUCCUUUAUUGAUAAUGGAAACCUUAUAAUGAUAAAUGCUAGAGAUUACAGAGCUUAUGUUUUUGAAACCAAAGAUACUGAAUGUGAAGGAAAUUCCGGUAAAUUUUAUUUUAUAGCUGCUGAAAAAGGAGAAAGAUUACUUCUUGUAACACGAGACCAAAAAUUUUCUCUGAUGGAUCCUUACAAGCUUACAAAUAAGAUAGAUGCAAGCAAACUUUUUGAAAUUAAUAAUAAUGAAUACAGUCAAACAAAUAUAAUUCAGGAGCCAUUCUUAAUUAAGUCAGAUAAAAUUAUUUACUCAAAUGGUGAAAAAUUAUUAAUUAAGGAAUUGGUGCAUGAUAAUUGGAUAGAUUAUCUGCGAAAAGAUUUGGGCGAUACAAAUAGUAUUACAGCACCAUCUAGAAAGACGAUCACAGUGAUAAAGAACGGAUUAGAAAGCAUUAGUGAUAAACAUGUUGAAUUUAAAGAAUUCAGAGGACGUUUUUUGCUAUGGAAAUUGGAAUGUCACCAAGAUUUUGUUAUGCUUAAAGCAUCUAAACUCGAAGGAAAUUUGUACUUAGCAAAAGUUCAACAGGAUAUCCUUCCAUCCUUUUAUCAAAACGGAAAAGAAUUUAUAUUGCAAUGCGAACUUCUCGAUAGCGAUGAUUUAGUUAUGAUUACGUACAUUGGUGUAAUUGUUUGGACUAUCAAAUCCGAAAAAAUUAGGAUUCAUUAUUAUUGGAAUGAUUGGGAUUUGAAUAGUUGGGAUGGUUAUUUAGAAAAUGCCGAUAAUUCUAAAAAAGAAAUUGAAAAGAUCUUUAAUGAUAAAAAUUUAGAAAGAAUUCUUCCAGCUUCAAGCUAUGCGAUAAUCUGUAAAAAUUUAGAUGUCGAAUUUGGUAAAGACAAAGUAAAUCUUUUUCGUGAGUUUUUAAAAGAUAGUGUCUAUGAAAAUUUCUAUUUUACUUGUUAUGGUAAAGAACUUAUGGAAAAGUUUAUUUUAUUAAAUGAUGACGCAUUGAUCCGAAUUUUAGGUGAUAAAUGCAUUAAAGAGUGUGUAAAGGAUAAUACACACGCAACUUUUAGAAUUUCCUUGUUAAGCAUUAUCUUUGAUUUUAAUUAUUUUUCAAAGCUAUUGGAAAGUCAUCCUGCGUUUAUAACUAGCAUUUUAACUAAAAUAGCAUUUGUUCUUCCUUCUCUUUUGUUGGAUCAAAGACCAACUUCUUCACAUUUAUUUAGCUAUGGAGUACACUACCAUUUAUCUAGAACAUCUUUCAUUGACAUAUUAACUUCUGAUAUUUUCAAGGUUUGGACUAAUUUUAAAGAAAAUCACAAACCUACGUUUUUUUUUCAUUAA